UGAAAUGCUGCGGUGCCGAGCCGCAAUCACUCGGGAACAGCACGGCUCAAGCGCCCCGCGGCUCCCUCGGCGAUAGCAGCCCGACGCCCGCGAGCCGCUGCCCGGCCACGCUGCUUGGCUUGGAAUUAGCCGCCGCUCGCCUCCAAUGUGCCUUGGGCAGCAGCUUGCCAUCUUUGCGUUAGGAUUUCAGAUGCAUGCCACGUUUCCAUUGAAUGCCAGAAGUGGAGAUCUCUACAGAUGGAGCCCCAAAGUCAACAUGGCAGUGGCGGUUCAUUAGUUGUGAUUCAGCAGCCUUCCCUGGACAGCAGGCAAAGGCUGGACUAUGAAAGAGAAACUCAGCCAACAGCUAUCUUGUCACUGGAUCAGAUCAAAGUUAUUAGGGGCAGCAAUGAAUACACUGAAGGUCCAUCUGUGGUGAAGAAGUCUGGUCCACGGACAGCACCAAGACAAGAAAAGCAUGAAAGGACUCAUGAAAUCGUACCAAUUAAUGUGAAUAAUAAUUACGAACCCAGGCCCAGCCAUGUAGGACAUGUGGCACAUCCCCAUAAUGUCAGGGCCCCUGUGCUGAGCAGAUCAACUAGCACUGGGAGUGCAGCUAGUUCUGGAAGCAACAGUAGCGCUUCUUCAGAGCAGGGACUGUUGGGAAGAUCACCCCCAUCCAGGCCGGGUUCAGGCCACAGAUCUGAAAGGACCAUCCGGACACAGCCCAAGCAGUCAUCUUUGAUUGUAGAUGAUCUGAAGGGUCCCUUGAAAGAGGACUUGACACAACACAAGUUUAUCUGCGAACAGUGUGGGAAGUGCAAAUGUGGUGAAUGCACAGCCCCGAGGGCCUUACCAUCUUGCUUGGCCUGCAACAGGCAGUGCUUGUGCUCUGCUGAGAGCAUGGUGGAGUACAGCACCUGCAUGUGCCUGAUCAAAGGGAUUUUCUACCACUGUUCCAAUGAUGAUGAAGGGGACUCAUACGCGGAUAAUCCCUGCUCUUGUUCCCAGUCACAUUGCUGUUCCAGGUACCUGUGCAUGGGAGCAAUGUCCUUGUUUUUGCCUUGCUUGCUGUGCUACCCUCCUGCAAAGGGAUGCCUAAAACUGUGCCGAGGGUGUUAUGACCGGAUCAAUCGUCCAGGUUGCCGAUGUAAGAACUCCAACACUGUCUAUUGUAAACUGGAGAGCUGCCCCUCUCGGGGUCAGGGCAAGCCUUCAUGAUUUUUGGAGGGAGAUUUGAUUUUACUUCCUCAGACUUUUGCUUUCAGGUUGUGGCUGAUUUUGCUCUUUGUUAAUCCUUUAACUUUCCUUCCUUUACCCACUUUACAUACGAGUCCUUUUCUUUGCACCCUCCAUAUCCCUUCUUUGACUCAGACAAGUGUGGUAUAUUUUACUUAGUCAUUGUCAAUCUUUGGUAAGCAUGGACUAUAUAUUUACACCUAAGUCCUCAGCUUAGCAGGACCUUUUGGGCUUGUUAGUAUAAUCCUCUCAUUAAAGAGACAAGGAGGGCUAAUGGGCUUUUUUUGCAGCCUCUUGCUCUACAGAAAACUUCCCAAAGAUGUCCUUUUUGUUCUCCUCAACUGUGGUUGUUUUGUUUUUGUUUAUUUUUUGCUUCGGAGGAAUAAGUCCAACAUUAUUCCAUGACUGAGCUGGGUUAUGAAACAGUUUAAAAAAUAGUCCUGAAGGGGUUGGAACCUUAGAAAAUAUAGGGCUGGAUUUUUUUUUUUUAUUUAUUUAUUUUUUUUUAACCAUUGGUCAAAUAAGCUGCUCUUCCCUCUAUUCCUGACCCUUCUUGGAGUUGUCUCAAUCCAGAGACUUGCCUGGCUUGUGCUCCCCCCCCCCCUCCCCCCCCAAUGUUGCUUCAGUUGUUUUGCUUCACUGUGUAGAUCUUCACAUUGGAGACAUGGCUGCAACUUUUCACUUUUUUCUCUUGCUUUCAAAUCUGUGAAGGACACCAGCCACUCCAGCCCUUCUCUCAUGUUUGUGCAGUCCAUCAAGAUCGCGUUGAUACUGAAGUUGGAGGAGUUUUGUGUAUCCAAGCAGUCUUCAGGUGUCAUUGAAUUAAGUUGCCUAAAUGUUCUUGGAUCUUUACAAUUUCUGUUACUUCCUUGGUUUAGUGAAUUUAGCUCUGAUCUGUGCUUCAUAACUUUACUCUGUUCUGUGUUUUAUUGCCUUAGCCACAAAUUGUGGUCCCUUUUUGUAUAUUUUAUGUAUAAAACACAAAGUUGAAUCCUGACUAUUUUUAAGACAAAAGUCUGUUAAAACUUUUUUUAUUGUAAAGAAUAUUUAUUAUGUGAAUCUCUAUUAUUUUAUGAUAUUUAUUGCAAAAGACUUUGAAAAUGUACUCAUGUCUGAAUAUAACAAAAUAUCAAUACUUAACGAAAAUAAGGAUGACACGAAGAAAGUACAUAUGUUAACUAUAAUUCAGAAAAUAUAUUAAUUAAUGAAA